AUGAAGUUUGGGAAGAGAUUGAAGCGGCAAAUCGAACAGAGUUUGCCGGAUUGGCGGGAUAAAUUUUUGACGUACAAGGAAUUGAAGAAACUCGUGAGAUUGAUUUCUUCUACUCCGGCUCCACCGUUGUUGAAGGCCGACAAGGAGGAGUUUAUCUACUGCUUGAACAAUGAGGUCGACAAAUUUAAUGCCUUCUUCAUGGAGCAGGAAGAGGAUUUCAUUAUUCGCCACAAGGAAUUGCAACAGAGGAUUGAUGGAGUGAUUGAUACAUGGGGAUCAAAAGGAACCAAACCAUCAGAGUUUGAGUACGAAGAAGAGAUGGGGAGAAUCAGAGAAGACAUUGUCAAUUUUCAUGGAGAAAUGGUUCUCCUAAUCAAUUACAGCAACAUCAAUUACACCGGGUUGGCCAAGAUAGUGAAGAAGUAUGAUAAACGAACAGGUGGUGUUUUGCGCUUGCCGUUUAUCCAAAAUGUCCUUGAACAACCAUUUUUCACAACUGAUCUCAUUUCGAAGCUCAUCAAAGAGUGUGAAUGCAUCAUAGAUACGGUAUUCCCGGCCGCCGCUUCGAAAGCAACAGGAAUGCUAAAAGCUGAAAGAGAAGCAAUAACAUUGCCUGGAGAGGGAAUUUUCAGGAAUACAGUUGCAGCCCUGUUGACCAUGCAAGAAAUUAGGAGUGGAAGCGUUUAUGGAUUUCCACUGGGUACAUUGGUCAAACUCAAACACCAACGGUUGAUCACCGCCACGGCCAGAGCGGAGGGAGUUAACGACGUUGAAAAAAUAGAUGAGGAAGUCAACAAAGGUACUCAAAUAUCUGUGGAGGAGAAUUCAGAUUCAGAACUUCAACAGAAAGCAAGUCAGUUGCAGAAAAGGGUUAUCUUUGGGCUUGGCAUCGGAGUUUCUGCUGGAGGGUUAGUGUUGGCUGGAGGAUGGGUUUUCACAGUGGCCCUUGCAGUGGCAGUAUUUGUUGGUGCCAGGGAAUACUUUGAGCUGGUAAGAAGCCGUGGAAUUGCUGCUGGAAUGACCCAUCCUCCUUGA